AUGGGGAAUACUAAAUCGAAAAAAUCUAAUGAUAAUACAUUUACCAGAACUUUAGACUUGGCUGAAAUUGAUAGUUACCAAGUUUUGCAUCAUGUCCUUCGUACUAUAUGGGAUGGAAAUUUCAUGUCUCCUAUUAUGCAUCUUUUAAAAUCUGAUAAUGGUGCCAAUGUUUUAGAUGUUAGUUGUGGGCCAGGUACUUGGACAUGUGAAAUGUCUUCGGAUUUUCGAAAUUCUACAUUUACUGGAAUAGACGUGGUUCCAAUGUUUCCUGAUCAAAAACCAAGCAAUGUAAAAUUUAUUCUACAACAAGAUCUUACUUCCGGUCUUCCAUUCUAUGAUAAUUCUUUUGAUUUUAUUCAUUUGAGAUUGUGUUGGUAUUAUUUUACUUUUGAUCAAUGGAGAACCACUGUCAUAAAGGAAUUCGUUAGGUUGUUGAAACCAGGUGGUCCCGCAACUUUGAAUUUUUGCGAAGACAUAAAAGCACGCGCCAAAGACAAACAACUUGACCCAGAGAUAACUUAUCAUCUACCAACAAUAUUAAGUUCUACACCAACCCUUUCUUCUGAAGUACAUUAUGAAUUAAGAACGAUUCCUUGUGGUUCAUGGGGUGGAAAGGUUGGUGAACAUCAUGAACAAGCUAUAAAAGAUCUCGUUACGAAAUGUUAUAAUGAAUAUUUGUCACCUAAAGCUGCAAAUAAGGUGGUAGAACAAAUCUUAAAUGAAUUUAAGGAAUUUCGAACCAA